AUGUCUCGCUACGCCGAAGCUCACAAGAACCCAGCAGGACCUGGAGAUGCGCGUCCUACAGCUCUACAGAUCAUCAAAGAUGAAGGAGUUGAAGGCAAGCUCGUCGGAAAGGUCAUUGUUAUCACGGGUACUUCUUCUGGAAUUGGAAUCGAGACAGCUCGUGCCCUGGCUCUCACAGGCGCAAGACUGUUUUUAGUCGCUCGAGAUUUGGGCAAAGCCGAAAAAGCGCUCGAAGGGAUCUACACCCCCGGAAAAGACGAACUCAUUGAGAUGGACAACACUUCCCUAGGAAGUGUACGCACCGCUGCAAAGACAAUCCUCGAGAAAUCUAACAACCAAGUCAACAUCUUGAUCAACAAUGCUGGAAUCAUGGCUGUGCCAGACCUACAGUAUACCAAAGACGGCCAUGAGCUUCAAUUCGGUGUCAAUCAUCUCGCACACUUUCUGCUAUUCGAGCUCUUGAAACCGGCUCUACUCGCUAGUUCCAGCAAGAGUCUUUCGUCUCGAGUCAUCAAUGUUUCCUCCUCCGCUCAUCACAUGGCAGGUCUCAACAAGAACUCUGAUUACAACUUCAACUCAACCGAAUACACCCCUUACGGCUCAUACGGACAAUCGAAAACCGCCAACAUCUACAUGGCAAAUGAGAUCGAGCGUCGCUAUGGCUCUAAAGGUCUGCACGCUACCAGCCUUCAUCCAGGCAUGAUCCAGACCAAUCUCAUGCAAUUCCUAGAUCCGGAAGUCGUUCAGGGCAUGCUAGCCGCCAACCCUGGAAUCGAAAAUAAUUUCAAGUCGCCAGAGCAAGGUGCUGCAACGACAAUUUGGGCUGCUAUCGGCAAGGAAUGGGAGGACAAAGGUGGAGAAUACCUUUUUGAUGUAGCAAAGACAGAGCUUGGCAAAGAGUCGGGUACUAUGUUGGCUGAGGGUUAUGCGGACUAUGCCUACGACGAGGAAGCUGAGGCUCGUCUCUGGAAGGACUCCUUGAAGAUUGUUGGGUUGACGGACAGUGCAUGA